UUAAGACUUGAUGCAGUUAGACUUCUCUGCAGUCUGGCUAAAGCGAAUGAAACAUCUUAAGCUAAAUCGAGUGACUGUGUUGUCUGGCCAAAUUACCAAUCGUCGACUUGUUUGAGGCGCACGCCAUUCACAGAAUCAAUUUAUUCAUCUCAGCGCUUAAUUUCAGUGAUGCGAAUAAUUAAAUUAAUGCAUUCCGUGUCUCAUAAAUGACAAAGGCCCCAUGGUUAUAGCGUGUGCAUUGUACUGUGGACGCAGUACAGCCGGGAGUAAAGAGAACCACUGCACACGAUGGGGAGCGAGGUCAAGAAGCGCGAAACUUGGGGCAAGACAAUCGACUUCGUUUUAGCCUUGAUAGGGUUUUCUGUAGGACUGGGAAACAUUUGGCGGUUUCCCUACCUUUGCUACAAAAAUGGCGGAGGUUGUUUCCUCAUCCCAUAUCUGAUAUGUUUGGUUGUUGCUGGAGCACCCAUCCUUAUCUUGGAGGUUUGUUUGGGACAGUUGGCCAGUCAAGGUGGAAUUACGGCAUGGCUUAUAUGUCCAAUCUUUCAAGGUAUUGGUUGGGCCAGUGUAAUAAUCGUCCAGUUUUUGAACAUCUACUACAUUGUUAUUUUGGGCUGGGCCUUGUUUUACAUGUUUGCGUCCUUCUCGUCCGAGCUUCCUUGGUCACGAUGCGGCAAUGAAUGGAACACGCCAAACUGUGUUGACGUUUUUAGCGCCGCCGAAAAAGCUAACACCACGAUCAACGCCACAGUGAUACCCAACAUGUCAACAGUGCCCACUGCAAUCUCGACCGCAGCAAAGGUGUCUGCGAGCGAAGAAUAUUGGGAGCUUAGGGUCUUGAAGGUUAGUACUGCUUUGGACGAACCAGGGGCAGUGAACUGGGAGGUUGCUUUGUGCCUGUUGUUGGCUUGGAUCAUUUGCUACUUAUGCGUCUUCAAGGGAGUCAAGUCCACAGGAAAGGUUGUAUACUUUACUGCAACGUUUCCAUAUAUACUAUUGACUAUUUUGCUGGUUCGCGCCGUCACUUUACCUGGCGCCGGGGAAGGGAUCAAGUUUUAUCUCACCCCUAAUGUGACACGACUACGAGAUGGCCAGGUAAGCCCUCAUUAACUUGAAACUUUAAUUUCUACCCAAUUCAUUGCCCUGUUUUAUCCCUCCUUCUCUUCCACCGGAUCAUGUAACUAUAGCAACUCGUGCUUCUGCUUGCGUCUCAGGGAUAGCAUAAUAUUCGCUUGUGUAAACAGUGGGACAAGUUUCUAUGGCGGGUUUGUCAUUUUCUCGGUGCUAGGCUUCAUGGCACAGAAGCAAGGAGUAGAGGUGGGAGAUGUAGCUAAAGGAGGUCCAGGGCUUGCCUUCGUGGCUUACCCAGAAGCAGUAGCUCAGAUGCCCGUAGCUCCACUCUGGUCUGUUCUGUUUUUCUUCAUGGUCUUCUUAUUGGGACUUGACAGUGAGUUUGUGGGCGUUGAAGGUUUCGUGACAGCCAUUGUGGAUCUGUUUCCCAAUCAUUUGAGGCGUGGUUAUCGUAAAGAGAUGUUUAUUGGUUUCAUGUGCAUAAUCUGGUUCCUUUUUGGAUUGUCUAUGGUCACCGAGGGUGGCAUGUUCGUCUUUCAACUAUUUGACACCUAUUCGGCCAGCGGUUCUGCCCUGCUAUGGGUAUCACUCUUCCAAAGUAUUGCCAUUGGGUGGAUAUAUGGCGGAGAACGUUUCUAUGGCGAUAUGGAAAAUAUGCUUGGGUUUCGUAUCAAUCCCUGGAUCAGGUGGUGUUGGAAGUUUCUCACGCCUUUAUUCUGCUUGGGCGUCUUCAUUUUCAGUCUGGUGACUUAUUCAGCUCUGAAAUACGAUGGCUAUGAGUACCCAGGCUGGGGUCAGGCUAUCGGAUGGAUCAUGGCUCUGUCCUCAAUCGCCUGCAUUCCAGCUGUGAUGAUUUACAAGUUUGCCACCACGCCGGGAUCGCUUCAAGAGCGUUGGGCCUUCCUGACCACACCCAGACUGAAGAACCAGUCGGAUGAAGCUCGGCAAGAGCACUACUUGGAUUCUUACAAGCCUACUGAAAAGAGCUUCCUGUGAUCAUAAAUCGUUUCGAAUGCCAGCUAUCAUAGGCUGAAGUGUCUUUUUUUUUCAUUAUAAAAAUUACUAUAACGCAUGACAUACUUGGUGUAAUUAUAUUCCAUGUGUCAAACACUACACAAUGUUUUGUAAAUCGUGUGCGAUGUAUUUAACAACACAAUUCUUGAUGCAAACGAAAAUUACUGUAUGCAAAGAAAAAUUACUGUUACACACAACAUACUUGGUAUAAUUAUAUUCCGUUUGUCAAACACUACUCAAUGUUUUGUAAAUCGCGGGCGAUGUAUUUAACAACACAAUUCUUGAUGCAAACGUAAUUGUACGUUAUAGUCACAACUGCCGUUCUGGUAUAUUGUUCUUUCAGAAUUAUGAAAUAAACAUGUAACCCUU